AUGGGAUUUGAUGAAAAGGAGAAUGUGUCCAACUGCAUCCAGUUGAAAACAUCAGUCAUUAAAGGCAUUAAGAGCCAAUUGAUAGAUCAGUUUCCUGUUAUUGAACCAUGGCUAAACCAAAUUAUGCCAAAGAAAGACCCUGUCAAAAUAGUAAGAUGCCAUGAACAUAUAGAAAUCCUCACAGUAAAUGGAGAAUUGCUGUUCUUCAGGCAAAGAGAAGGGACUUUUUACCCGACGCUAAGGUUACUUCACAAAUAUCCUUUUAUUUUACCACAUCAACAAGUAGAUAAAGGAGCCAUUAAAUUUGUACUCAGUGGAGCUAAUAUAAUGUGUCCUGGCUUAACGUCUCCUGGAGCAAAACUUUAUCCUGCUGCUGCUGAUACGGUUGUUGCAAUAAUGGCAGAAGGAAAACAGCAUGCACUGUGUGUUGGAGUCAUGAAGAUGUCAGCUGAGGACAUUGAGAAAGUCAACAAAGGGAUUGGCAUUGAAAAUAUUCAUUAUUUAAAUGAUGGCCUUUGGCAUAUGAAGACGUACAAGUGAAACAAAAGAAACUGUGCAACUCCAAAGGAAUGCACUUAGAUUAAAUGUGGACUGCUUCGUAACUCCUUCUGUUUUUAAUGUGACUGAAUGUACAAAUUAUUUUGUUCUGUGGCUAUGCUAAAUAAAUCAAGUGAAUGCUAACGUAUUGCUAGCUGCAAUAGUUUUCUAGCAUUUAUUACAAUCCUUGAGCUUUUAUGCUAAACCUAUCUUCUCAACAUUUUUGAAGAUUUAAAAAAAAAAAA